CGCCUCCCCGCGGGCUCAGGGGCGGCCUGCGGGGCCCCGCCCCGCCGGGCAGCUCCGGGAACCGCAGCGCGCCGGACGGGCCGCGCCGAGAUGUCUGCGCUCCGGGCCGCCAGGCAGGUGCUUCACAGCAUUGCAAGGCAUGGGUGGAGGUCACAUUCUAGUAAACCUGCUCAAAACUUACAUGUAAGCAAACCUGGAGCUGGCUUUAGCUUUGAACUUACUGAGGAACAGAAAGAGUUUCAAGCUACUGCUCGUAAAUUUGCUCUGGAGGAAAUUAUUCCUGUUGCUGCACAAUAUGACAAAACUGGAGAGUAUCCUGUUCCACUUAUAAAACGGGCUUGGGAACUUGGUCUUAUGAAUUCACACAUACCAGAAAGCUGUGGUGGCCUUGGCCUUGGCAGUUUUGAAGCGUGCCUUAUUACAGAAGAGUUAGCUUAUGGGUGCACAGGGGUUCAAACUGCCAUUGAAGCAAAUUCCCUAGGGCAAAUGCCAGUAAUCAUUGCGGGAAAUGAGCAGCAGCAGAAAAAAUACCUGGGAAGAAUGGUGGAGCAGCCACUGAUGUGUGCUUACUGUGUAACAGAGCCUGGAGCAGGCUCUGAUGUGGCUGGAAUAAAAACAAAGGCUGAGAAGAAAGGAGAUGAAUAUGUUAUUAACGGUCAGAAGAUGUGGAUCACCAACGGUGGGAAAGCAAACUGGUAUUUCCUGCUGGCUCGUACCGAUCCAGACCCCAAGGCUCCUGCCAGCAAAGCCUUCACUGGAUUCAUCGUGGAAGCGGAUAGCCCUGGCAUCCAGAUUGGAAGAAAGGAAAUUAAUAUGGGCCAGCGCUGCUCAGAUACAAGAGGUAUUGUCUUUGAAGAUGUGAGAGUCCCCAAAGAAAACGUAUUAAUAGCUGAGGGAGCUGGCUUUAAAAUCGCCAUGGGAGCUUUUGAUAAGACCAGACCACCUGUAGCAGCUGGUGCUGUUGGAUUAGCAAAAAGAGCACUUGAUGAAGCUACUAGAUACGCUUUGGAGAGAAAAACCUUUGGGAAAGCCAUUGUUGAACACCAGGCAGUGUCUUUCCUGCUUGCUGAGAUGGCCAUGAAGGUGGAGCUGGCCAGGAUGGCUUACCAGAGAGCUGCCUGGGAGGUCGACGCUGGUCGCAGGAACACCUACUAUGCCUCCAUUGCAAAGGCCUUUGCUGGGGACAUUGCAAACCAAGUAGCUACAGAUGCAGUACAGAUUUUUGGAGGAAAUGGAUUUAAUACUGAAUAUCCUGUAGAAAAACUCAUGAGAGAUGCUAAAAUCUACCAGAUUUAUGAGGGAACUGCUCAGAUUCAAAGGAUGAUCGUAGCUCGGGAACACAUUGGCAAGUUUAAGUCUUAAAUGAGUCACGUGUGUCUGGUUCUGCUGUCCUGUUCCGAAUUCUCGUGGAAGAGGAUGUUGGUGCAUUUCUCAACUGAAGUAAGAAGGCAUGGGGAAAAAAACUUUUUUUGUUGUUCUGUACGUUAUUAAGCACGACUUCUGCUCUCCCUGUCCACUCCCUCACUUCAUUCUUGACUCACAAAGCUGGUGUUUUCUGAACCUUCUGAAUUCCAAAGGGAUUGGUGGUUCAAAUACAGAAGGGGCAGGAAAUGAGAACUUCAGGAUGCAGUGUUUUCUCACAAUGAAAUUAGGUGAUCAGAGUGUUGUUUCUGACUGCAUUCUAAUAAAAUUGUUCUUGAGAA